CCCCCCCCCAAUCUGGUGUGCAUCGUCCUCAUCCCCGUCUUCCCUGGAAAUCAUUGCGACGCGCUUGCCAGGCCCUCCUUGUUCUUCUUGUUGCCGAGUUGCUCUGUCACAUCAUCACCACAUCACAACGCCGGCCAACUUGCUUGCUUGCUCGUCGAUGCUCAUUUCCCAAACAGCCUCGUCCUCCGCCAUUGGCUUCUGCGUGACAAGGCCAUGGCUUCGGCAAUACCAAGUGUCGCUGCUGUCUUCAUCAUCACCGCGGUGGCCGUAUGUACGCAAUUGGCCGGAUCAGCAACAGCAGCGCAGCAUGUCGCUGUCAACCUCACCACACCAGCAGAACUCCUACAGUAUGAGCUGAAAGCAGUAGAUGCCUUGGUGCAGUACCUGAAUGGAGAGUCAGCGUGCGGCAACCGCAGCGCAAUGCUCAGCUUGGAGACGAUAACGGUGGAGGAGCAAGCCCUGUCACACCUGGAUGCCAGGCACCCCUCUUUCGACAAGCGCAUCGAGCUGCUUAUCGACGAAGUCAGCAACGCCGUUCGCCCUUCCAGCACCGCCGAUACUGCAGUUCUUCAAUCCUUUCAUCCGGCGGAAGACGUCGUGGCCACGUUCAGAGACCUUGCCUCCAAGUGGUAUUGGAGUGCCAUCACACUCGUUACCCCAACGUGCGUUGUGUCAGAGGUUGCAUCCCACUUCCGGGACGCUUUCACGCAGGGCCUUUGGAUCUCGCGUGAGGAGAGCCCGUUUGCAGAGGAGCAGUGUACGGAUGCCGUUGGCGACCACCACCACGUGUUUCUUAUCGCUGCCGAUGGCGUUGAUGAUGUUGUCUCCACCAUCCUGCAGCUGCACCGCCUCGACCGCCUUUCCUUUGGAAAUGCGCUCUUGUUCUCGUCGACCAUCUCCCGCAUCAGCUUCAGUGAUGUCAUGACGUCCCUCCGCAACACAAAUGCCACAAUCGCGGCGCGGGUGGCAGAGAUGACGCUGCUUGUUGAAACGGCCCGGCUGGAGUACAAUGUGGAGGUGCAGCACAACCUCGGUGUCAUGGACCGCCUCCUUGCUCUCAACCUCGACCUGCCAACAACCCGUUUGGUUGCGCAGUCCCCACGCGCCCUCGGCAUCCUUGAUGCAAUACUCGACCUCCACGUGCGCGUGAACGACGCAAUCUGCAACGGCACUCGCGUGGAGGACGCGGCUGGCGCCACUGCAGAGGACUUUAUCGCCCACAACCCAGCAGACCACCCCGUGGAGCUGUGCAUCUUUGCCCAGUCCGAGCAGGCGCGCCUGCGUGGCUACCUCCGCGCCACAUUUGCUGCCAACAACAUUGAGUACAUUGCGGUGGACGGCGGUGCGUCGCCGGAUCCGCGGCUGCUGCUGGAGUCAGACCCGCUCCACUUUCCUCAGGCCGUCACACCAAUCAACAUCAAGUCUGCAUGGGCCUACAGCAGGACGAGCAGCUCGCUUGCGUCGGCGUCGUCGGCCUCUGAGGCGUUUCUUGACGUUGGCCUGGACAUCUUCGCCCAGGAGUACCCCUUUGUCCACGUGGACAUGGACGUGCGCGACCUGCAUGCCAGCGGCUGCUACGAGGGCAUUGACGAGCUCGGGCGCAUUGGCCGCCACGCUGUCAUCGGCCCUGUCCUCUCCACCUGUGGCGUGGGCGCAAGUCAGGCCGCAACAACGCACAAAUUGCCAAUUGUCUCGCCGGCCGUGUCUGCACGCGAGUUUUCCGACACGACGGCGCACCCGUACUUCUUCCGCAUUGGGCUCUCCUCAGAGCAGUCUGGCCGCGACUCGGCCACCGUCCUGCGGCAGCUUGGCGUGCGCUGCAUGCAUGUGGUGUACGAGACGCAGGCCGUGGUUGCCCAGGAGAUUGGCGAGGCCGUGGUGCAGUAUGCGCGCCAGCUCGACAUCAUCGUCACCCCGUUGUCAUACGACCCGCAGAAUGAGACAUCUGUGGAAGCGGUCGUCAGCCAACUUGUGGAGAACCCCGUGCCGCACGUCUUCCUCUCCGCGCUGUCAACUUCUGGUGUGCAGGUCUUGUCUGCUGUUCAGGCCCUGGGAGCGAUUGACGCCCGCCGCGUGUGGUACACUGCACACGUCACGGGCUCGCUGUUUGAGCAGCUCUCGCCAACCCUGCGCGCCGCGUUUGCAAACCGCAUCAUUGGCGUGACGCGCGGGAGUCCAAACCCGUCGCCGCUGCGGCAGCAGGUGAUGUCGUCUCCGCAGGUGGCGCCCUACGAGGACAUUGCGCUCUCGGCCAUCUUCAGCAUCCAAGUCGUGGACGCCCUGCACACGGUGCUUGAGGCCGCCAACCGCCAGCUGCACCGGUUUGGUGUUGGCCACGACGUACGGCGCACGCGGGACGCGCUGUAUGCUGGCCUGAGCAGCAUCAGCAGGGACACGGCCCUGCCCUCUGUUGUGCAGCAGUCGCUGUGGUUUGACGAAAACUUCGACGCACCGCAGCAGCUGCUCAUCAGCAUCUUUGAUGGCGACUCACUCGUGCAGGCCGGCUCUGUUGUCGCAAACCAGAUUAUCAUCGACUUUCCCACGCUGCGCGCGUACAACUUUUCCGUGUCGUCCAUGUGCAGCUUUGUUGAGUCGACCGUGGACCCGAUUGGCAGCGGCAAGAGCUCCGGCCUUGCCUCGGAGAGCGUGGUUGGCGUUGUGAUUGGCGCGGUAGCUGUCGUUGGCCUUGCGGUGGGCAUGAUGGCCCUGGUGUACCGCAACUCGCGCAGUCUGCAGAGCAAGCCCGUCGACUUUGAGCCCUUGCUGCGCCACUUGGAGAUGCCAGCAACCGACACCCCCUAUGAGCUGCCCCGCCGGCACGUGAUUAUGCAGCAGCAGAUUGGCACGGGCAACUUCAGCACCGUGUACAAGGGCAUUGUGCUGGAGAAGGCGCUGCGCUACUCGCGGGCAGACCGCGAAAUCCGCAAACACGCUGGCAACAGCAACGGCGCACACAGCCACACUGGCAGCAGCAACAACAGCAAGCACCGCGGCCGCCCGGGCAACGGCCAUGAUGGUGCUGCUGAUGACGAUGACGGCAGCUUCGCCCUGGCCAAGGUGUCCAGCAGCAACGGCGGCGGUGCCGGUGCACGCAGCGUCAUCAGCACAGCCAACACACACCGCAGUGGUCAGAGACACCGCGACCUGCAGGACGGCGGCAGCAGCAGCAACGGGUCCGUAGCGGCACACGACGUGUUGCCAACGAAGGCCAGCGCCAGUGGCAAGGCCGGCCCCCUUACUGCCGCCCACGACCUGGGUGGUGGCUCCAGCUACCACUACGCAGAGAGCCAGCACUCUGGCACAUACAUCAGCGCGAGCGAGCGGUCAGUGGGCCAGGGGCAGGGCCACCACCACCACCACAACCGCCACCGCCACGGGUACGAGCGUGAGCCCGUGCUGACAGGCCAGUACGAGAGCAUGCCGCGGUUCCGGCCGGAGCUGCCGCGCGACGAGGACGUGCCGGAUGCCUUCAAGGUGGCGAUCAAAGUGCUCAAGGACGACCUCACCCCGCGUGACGAGGAGGCGUUUCUUCAGGAGGCGGCGGUGCUGGCCCAGUUUGCGGGGCAGCCGCACAUUGUGCAGCUUGUCGGCGUCAUCACGCGUGGCCGCCCGUACUGCCUGGUCACGGAGUACUGCGAGCUGGGGUCCCUGAGCACGUUUUUGCAGGACCAGCUUGAGCAGGGCCGCGAGAUUAGCUGGCAGGAGAAGGUGCAGUUUUGCCUGGACAUUGCGCACGGCAUGAAGACGCUGACGGAGGCUGGGGCGCUGCACAGGGACCUUGCUUGCCGCAACAUCCUCGUCACGGGCGACCGGCGGUGCAAGGUUGCCGACUUUGGGCUGGCGAAGAACACGCCCCAGUACGAGGCAAGCCCCAUGUCCAAGAUGGCCAUUCGCUGGACGGCUCCAGAGGCCCUCAGCGGACAGUUCUCCUCUGCCAGCGAUGUGUGGAGCUUUGGUAUCACCAUGUACGAAAUCGCCACCAAUGCGUCGACGCUGCCAUACAGCGGAAUGCCCAACAACAUGGUGGUGAUUGCGGUGCAGCAAGGGCUGGUGCUCGAGCGGCCGUUUACGUGCCCGGAUGAGCUGUACAUGGUGAUGCAGUCUUGCUGGUUGCCGAGAGACGCCCGCCCAACCUUUGCCCAGCUCACCCAGCAGUUGGCGCUUGUGCUUGAUAUCGUGGGGACGCGUGGGCCUCGCUCGGCCCUCACCGAUGAGAUGGACGCGAUUGGCAACGGGGUGUAUGGCGUCAAUGGCACCCGACGCACGCCAAGCUUUGGCGGGUCAACCGGCGUGCAUGGCUUACAGUCGCUUGCGGAUGUCAACCAGUUUGCCACGGUGCAGCAUGUGCAAGACAUGUAUGCGCAGCCCGCGCAGAACAACAACAGCAACAACAACCAGCAGCAGCCGCAGCAACAGCAGCUGACAGCAGCCAAUCUGCUAGCCCAGUUCCAACAUCUGACACAACCCUCUGCGGUGCCACCAAGCACAGGGAACCAACUGCUGCAGCAGCAGCCGACGACGACUGUGGCAGGGAAGCACGCUGAGCUGGAAGCGGCGCUGUGGGAUGCCUCGUGGCGGCGUCAGCAGCAGCAGAUGAACAGCCAACGCGUGCACGACGUGAACAUGAACAGCAUGACAGCCACGCCCACGGACAGCAGUCAGAGCGAGUCGCCCAGCCCGAGGAUCAACGCAGAGGUGCUGGCGAUUCACAACGCCCUCUUGCAACAACAACAACAACAACAACAACAACAACAACAACAACAACAACAACAACAACAACAACAACAACAACAACAACAACAACAACAACAACAACAACAACAACAACAACAACAACAACAGCAGCAGCAGCAGCAGCAGCAGCAGCAGCAGCAGCAGCAGCAGCAGCAGCAGCAGCAGCAUGCACAAGCCCCCAUGUACUUUGCAGAGAACAGUUUUCCAGUGGGUGCUGCUCCAGCAACGUCGCACGCUGCCGGACUGGGCCAGCCUCACUACCAGAAACUUCAACCACAGCAGUCACAGGCGCAGUCCCAGCAGGUGCAUAAGCAACCACAGCAAGGACAACACAUCCAGCACCACCACCAGCACCACCAGCACCAGCAGCAGCAACAGCCUUUGCCUCAUGACCAGCCGCUUCACCCGCCGCCGAUGCGUGUUAGUUCGGGUUCCCAGCACGUUCCCAAUGGCACUGGCUGCGUAACCCUGGCUGACGUACCCAUCACAGCUGUGGCUGCAAAGGCUGGUGCCGAAGCUGCACACCACGGCAGCGACAAGCCCAAGCCACGCCAUCCGCUCGUGCAGACAAGCGUCAUCUAGCGGCGAUCGUCGUGGUGGUUCAAGGAGGGUGACAGCGCCGUUUUUGUUGCUGCUGUGAUGUGUGUGUGUGUGUGUGAUAUACUCGUUUAGGCAUCUUUGUACACGCGUGAGUUUGUGGUGUGGAGUGGUGAAGUGGAGGAGAAGGAGGUGGUGGUAUUGGUGUUGGAAGGCGUGCAUGCGUGUGUAUUACUAUUAACUGAUGAUGCGAUGAAAGCGAGAACGAACAAGGAGAAGAGGUGUGUGUGUGUGUGUGUGUGUGUGUGUGUGUGUGUGUUUGCUCAUCAAAGCCAAUCAACCAAGCAAGGAAACAGCAAACAGCAAG